UCAUCGAGCAGGGGUCGCCGCUCAAGCAGUUUGCGCUGCCCAUCGUGUGCGACAUCGCAAAGGCGUCGAAGCGCGCCCGCGCCGAGCUCAAGCACCACCGCGGGGUGCAGUUCUACCUCGGCCUGCUCGCGACCGAGUUUUGGCAGGAGGCGGCCUUGGACGCGCUGCUGGUCUGGCUGCUCGACGAGGGGGCGUACGUCUCAAAGGUGAUGGAGGGGCCGCAGGGCGUGCAGGCGCUGCAGGGCGUGAUGGACUGCGGCAACAACUCGUUCGUCAACAUGCUCGAGCCGCUCCGUCAGAUCGUGUACAACUCGGCGCCCGUCAACCGCGCGCUCGGCAAGCUCGCCGGCCACGCCGGAGUCUCGCCCUUUGUCUCGUCGCUCGUCAAGCGGCUGAGGCACCAGGACGCCCUCGUCCGCCGGCUGCUGCUCGACAUCAUGACUUCGCUCUACGAGCACCACCGCUCGCCAAAGCUGCUCGUCGAGCGGCACCGGCUCAAGCCCGUCCUCACCGACAUCAUCGAAAACGACCCCGGCGUCCUCGUCCAGAACGUCGCGAGCCGCCUCUUCCGCGCCUUUGAGGCGCACGACAUCCUGUAG